UGGAUAAGAUGGAACCUUGACUUGCUGAUUCUAUAUAAGUGCUGAGGCACGCACCCACAGUCCGUUAAUUUCAGUGUCUCAAAAGGAAGUAUGCUUGCGGUGGCUCAACUCUUCCUCGCUCUUUUACUUUUCCUGAUUUUCAAAUUUGUCACUGCCGAUGGGGAUUUCACGCUAUUGUCGAAGAAGCAUGUGAAGCGAGAAGAGAUUGAAGAUAAGGUUGUCUGGAUCACUGGAGCUAGCCGUGGAAUUGGGGAGGUUCUGGCUAAACAUUUGGCAAGUCUAGGUGCCAAACUCAUUCUUUCUGCGAGGAAUGAAUCUGAAUUGGAGCGAGUUAAAAAUCAACUAAAGGGAAAACAUGCACCUGAAGAAGUGGAGAUCUUACCUUUGGAUUUGACAUGUUCUGAAGAUUCUCUCAGGCUGGCUGUUGAAAAGGCUGAGUCCUUGUUUUCUGGGGCUGGUGUUGAUUAUAUGAUCCACAAUGCUGCUUAUGAGCGCCCGAAAUCAUCAGCAUUGGAUGUAACAGAGGAAGGCGUUAAGGCUACAUUCAAUGUCAAUGUUUUGGGGACAAUUUCUCUUACACGGCUUUUGGCUCCUUUUAUGCUGAAGAGGAGGAGGGGUCAUUUUGUUGUGAUGAGCAGUGCUGCAGGCAAGACACCUGACCCAGGCCAGGCUGUCUAUUCAGCUUCUAAAUUUGCUUUGAAUGGAUACUUUCAUAGCCUGCGUUCCGAGUUGUUUCAAAAAGGGAUUAUGGUGACUGUUGUUUGUCCUGGGCCAGUGGAAACAUCUAAUGGCACUGGAGAUACAAUCUCGGUGAAGAAGGGUUCUCGUGAGAAGCGUGUGUCGGCAGAAAGGUGUGCAGAACUGACGAUUAUUGCUGCCACGCAUGGUUUAAAGGAAGCUUGGAUAUCAUACCAGCCUGUACUGGGUGUUAUGUACUUGGCGCAGUACGUUCCAACUAUUGGCUACUGGCUCAUGGACAUGAUUGGUGGGAAUCGAGUAGAAGCUGCUGUCAACAAAGGCAACAUUUAUUCAUUGAGCUUAUUGUUUGGGAAGAAGAAGGCAACAUGAAUGUAUGUACACUGUUAUUUCCUUUUUCUUAUCUGGUAGAUAUGGAUGUAUGGCAUCUACCUCGUCGUCUGGCCUGAAUAGAACCUGUUUACUUGUUGUUAUGGUCCUAUGGAGGGAUUUACGAAGUAUCCUCUGUUCUGGCAUAAAUUAUUGUAUCAGAUGUGAUGUGAAUAAGUUUUGACACAAAUUCAAGGCUAGAAGCCGGUUUUAGUGCCCUCGAUGGUACCAAA